UUAUGAUGAAACCCUUUCUCGUUAGCGGAGCCAGUUCUGUCUGUCGACGAAGUGACGAACAAGCAUUCCUUACUCUGUGGGACGCCGUCCACCAUUGUCAGCCCUCUGUGGUUGUUCUCGGGCAAGCAGUGAAGAAAAUACGAACCCUAGGGAUUUUUUAACGACCACGAAUUUGCCAUCUCAUCCUGAAGUAUGACAGAGUAGUUUAUCGGAAUCAACUCAAACAGGUUAGAGUAAUAGCUAUCAUUAAAUGGAAGCAUCAACAAGAACUCUAGCAGAUGAUGAUUGCGCUUUGAAUGGAGGCUGGACAGUUGUGAUACCCCGCCGCGGAAGGCAAAGGAAAAGGUCUAAUAAAGUUGAAAGGUUGACAGAAACACAAGAACCAUGGGCUCCAACAGAUGAACAAAUUGAUCCCUCGAAUGAAAAAGCGUUGAUGCAAAAAAUGGAAAGGAGCAUAAAUAAAGUUGAGAGCUCUCAGUUCUAUCAUAGUUUUCGAGAUCAGCUGCAGACCCCACCAGUUUCAGAACACUUACACAAGGUUUUGGGAUCAGAGUCAAAGAUGCAAAUGGUAAUUUAUGGUAUUGGCAGCCUUGAAUCAUAUGAGCCGCCUCGAUUGCAGCUUAGUUUAGCAAUAUUAAUGAAAAAAGAUUUUAAAUGGAUUGGAGAAAUCGAGGUAUUUGAUCCUGUUCUUUCUGCAACUGAAUCUCGGAUUUUGAAAGCUCUGAAUUGUUCUGUCUUAUCAGUCAAUGAACAUGGAAGGAGGCAAGUUUUAAAGCCAACUAUGUUCUUCAUGCCACAUUGUGAGGCAGAGUUAUACAACAACCUCUUACAAGCGAAUUGGAAAUUGAAUCUAUUAGGUAACAUGGUCUUGUUUGGGAACAGCUUUGAAACAUACAAGCAAGUUUCAGAGUUUAACUCACCUGUUUUGGAUUCAAUGGGAUAUAUUUUGUCUGCUCGAAAAUUUGCAAAUGAGUUUAAAGUAAAAACUAUUUCUGAUGACUAUUUUAAUGCUUUUCAUGACUCAAGUUGGCAUUUUUUCAGCCCUAAUGUAGAGACUGAGCUGCAAUUUAUGAAUUAUUGAUCGAGAUUAUUGGUAGGCAUAGGAAAGGACUGUAUUCUAGUGUUGUUUUGUACCAUUUUGACGUUUAAUUAGCUAAGAAAAUGUGAGAAAUAUCUGUGUAAUAUAAAAGAAAUAUAUUUGAAUUGUUCUCUUUUUUAUUUAACUUUUUGGGUAGAAAAAUGUUCUCUUUAUUUGGUACUUAUGCCUAAGAUUUUGUUCUCUCAAAUAUUAAUCACUGUUGUAUUAAUCA